AAAAACCAACUUUCAUCUUUGUUUAUCGUGCAGGUUAAAGUUUAUUGUCGAGUUAUUUUGCAACAAAAUUUUAGUACGAUGUGCGAUUGCUGAUUAAUAAACUAUAGCAGUCAUCUAAGCGGUCGCGAUUCGCGAUGUUCCUUCAAAUAUUUGUAGUUGUUCCCUUGUGAAAGUGUUUAUGCCUUGAGAAAAAAUAUUCUAGUUAUUAAUGAUGUCUAUGUCGAAACCAUUUGAGGAAAAUAACUUGCAGAACUCGUCCCAGCUCGUAAGAAAUUCAAAUCUGAAUCUACCAAUCAUCGGAGGCGGCAGGAGCGCCCCAGUAUUGCCCCCGAGACCCUUCAACUCUCCUCUAGCCUCAAAUGGAUAUAAUAACACCUAUAAUUCCUAUAUGUCUAGUAUGCCAAUGACUGGCCCCAACUACAGUGGCUACAGCUCCUACUCCAUGCCCUACCGCAGUUCCCUCUACAACUCGUACGGUUCCGGUUUCAAUAGCUACAACUCUUUCAAUUCGUAUGGCGUACCCCCUGCCUUCGCCCCUGAAGACCACGAACGCCGCUUCAUCCAGUACGCCGAAGAAAGUUCGAGGAAGACAUUCGCCAACGUGGAAAACAUCGUCAGAGCGUUCAACAGCAUCGCCAUGAUGCUGGACAACACAUUCUUCGCGAUGACCAGCAGCUUUAGGGCGGUUCUCAGUGUGGCGGAGAACUUUGGAAGACUGCGCACCAUGUUCGGACAGAUCUGGUAUUCCGUUAACAUUUUCAGGUUUUUGAGCUGGCUGUACAGGAAGCUCAUGAGGUUGUUGGGCUACAGGGUAGCGGGUAGUCCUAGCAGGGCGGCUUGGAAGCAGGCAACUGGGGGGUCUUUAGGUGGGGCUGUGGGUGUACCACCUGGCGCAGCUCCGGGGGGCUCCAGCUGGCCCACCGUCGCUUUCUUGGGGAUGCUAUUAUCAGCGCCGUAUAUCAUCAGCAAGUUUUUGCCCAAAUAUGAAGAUAAGGGUGACCCAACAAACUGGAAAUCCCCUGGCAUAAGAGCAAAGGCACUUUUCGACUUCAUCGCAACAGCACCCAAUGAGCUCACUUUCCAAACCAACGACAUGAUCACCUUGGCCCCCACCUAUAUCCAAGAGGAAAUGAACCUGAAAAAUUCCGGCUGGGCCUUUGCGGUGUGCAAAGGGCAAUCCGGGGUAGUACCGCUAAACCACUUAAUCAUAAAUAAGAGUAGGCCGAUACUGAAUACUAACAAGGAAACCGAUCCUCCGAUACCCAGAGUUUAUCCCAACGGCACGAAAACCCACACGAAGCGGGUUAGCUUUGGAGAAAACCAAAUAUUCGAGAAUGUCGAUUUGGACGAUUAUAUGCCUAAGAAGGAACCAAGUCAGUCUAGUCAAGAGAAGAAAGACGGAGAGGGUGAUAGUGAAAACUCUGUUAUCAACAAAGUUGAAAAUCGGUCUUGAGAAAUUCAUAUUGAAAUAUUUAUUUUCAAAUAAGUAAAACCCAGAAGUCUUUGAUGGGUUUUGUUCACUUAUGUAUUAUAUGAAGUUAUAAGUUGGUUACAAAAUCUCAUCAGGAUUUUCAGGUGAAAGGUGGCAUAGAACUGAUUUCAUUCGUAUCGAGGCAGCGAAAGCAAGAUUUCACCGUGACGUUCGACUAAGUUGAUUUGGAUGUUGUCUUAUAAAUACUUCAUUCAUGGUCCGGGAAGGUAAACCGUUUAGGUAAAGAGAACAGUCUACUUAAAACACACUCAAUGGCAAUUAUUAUCCCUGUUCUUCUUGCUCGUCGUUGGUUACUUUAACAAAAAAACUCCCCUGAACAGUAUCCAUCGUUUUUUUUACUGUUAUGCAAAGGAAACUGAUUAUUAGGUCAUCAUUCAAGAAAUGAGUAAGAGGGAAAAGAGCAUGCAUGAGCGAACUGUAGAAAUUUGAAAAUUUUACCUUAAUUUUGUAAUUUCUUCAUGCACUAUAUAGAGGGUAUUUCAGAACUCAUCCAGAAUAGUUUGAUGUUAGCAGGAAAAAGUUGUAAUAAAAAUCCUGAAUAAUCUGAGGCAGGGAAUCAAAAGUAUUCUUUUUUAUUUUCAAUUUGUAUACUUUGAGAGACGACCAAAAUAAACAUUAGUAUAAAAUCGUUUAUUUAUCGUCGUUUUAUAAAGACUAAAGACUACUUCUUGAAGAAAAAUAGAAGAAUAAAUAGAAAGUAAAUAUUUUCAACAGUAAGAAACAGCUUUCCAAAAAACUUCAUGUCGCCCACUUUUCUGUAUAUUCAGCAACUGUUGAAUCCAAAUCCGAACAAAACAAAAAAGUCGAAUUGAAACAUUCACAGAAGUUAUCAAGAAGAUUCAUCUGACAGAGUAGUAAACACAAUCUUCCUGAAAAGUCGGAUUCAAAGAUUUGCCCCUCGUUUCAUAGGUCAUGCGCAUCAAGACGCUCAGGAAUUCCUUCGUUAUCUUUUAGAAGGUUUACAUGAGGACAUCGAUACAAUUAUUGAGAAACCUAAACUAAUCCUAAUGAAGGUUCACGAAAAAUUGAGUGACAGCAUAAAAGCAGAAGAGUUUUGACCGGGAUAUUUGAGGAUGGGCAACUCAAAGAUUGUAAUUUCAAAAACUAUACCUCACGAUUUGAUCAAUCAUUUGACAAAGCUACUGUGCUAGCGAAA